GUUAAUUAGUAAAAGGAAGCAGCUGUUUGUUAUUUAGUUAUCUGAAGGAGGGGAUUCCAGUUGGCGGCUUACGCAAAACAAGAGGAUGAACUCAGCUCGUAAUAGGGCCAUCUGUAGACAUUUCACAAAUGGGUAUUGCAGAUUUGGUCACAGGUGUCAUUACCUACACGAAUUGACAGUGACACCAUCACCUCAAAUAUGCAGAUAUUUUCAGAAAGGUGCAUGCUGGUACGGUGAACAUUGCAGGUAUCAACAUGUUCUUCCACAAAGAACUGGCAUGGCCUUUAGAGGUAGAAGAGGUUCAGUACCUUCCGUCUCCUCCUCAAGUGUGGCUCAUACUCCAUCCGGAAGAAGAGGGUCAGAGCCGUCUUUUCUGCUGGCUAAUGUAAGGUCCAGGCAGGAAUGCGGUGGAAGACCUUUGGCAGUUAAUGCUUCAAAUUCUCAACAUGCCAUUGGGCACCUGCCAGGCAAUAUUGCAGAGGAGCUGUCACAAGAAACCGACUUGGCUUCUGUUCAAAGGUCAGAAGGUGCUCAAGCAAGUGGAUGCCAUGGAGAAUAUAAGGGAACCUCAUCUGAGAAAUGGGAGGGAGCGGCCGCUGCAGCCUGUAGUUGCAAAAGUGGGGCGGCUGCAGCAGCUGAAGAAACGGAGGCCUUCUUGCAAAGUAGAAAUGUGACUUGCGGUAUCUGCAUGGAAAAAGUCUAUGAAAAGGCAAAUGCAAAAGACCAUAUGUUUGGGAUCUUGCCAAACUGCAACCAUCCCUUUUGUCUAGAAUGCAUUGCAACAUGGAGGAAAACAAAAGACCUCGGGCCAGAUGUCGUAAGGACUUGCCCACAGUGCCGAGUGAAAUCUGCCUUUUAUGUCCCAAGCAAAUACUGGGUUGAAGGGCAAGCAAAAGAACGUGUUAUAGCUGCAUUCAAGAAGAAAUUUAGUAAGAAAAGAUGCCUUUUCUUCGACCGAUACGGAUGCUGUCCCUUCAAAACGGAUUGUCUUUAUCAGCAUGUUAAAAAUUCAAAUCACCUAGCUUUUUCGUAUUGGUCAGAAGAUGAAGAUGAGGACCUAGAUCUGAUUAACUUUUUCAUAACCAUGUCCCUCCUUGAUGUUGAAGAUGAUACGGACGAUGAGGACUUGGCCUUCUACCUAACAGAACAAUAGUUAUUGAGCUUUUCCAGUCGUCUGUCCCUGACGAGCCACAAAAUGCUGUUCAUGGGCCCAGAAUGUAGAAUUAACAGGAUGCAGUCUGUUGUAUCCUAUUGAAAUUUAAGCUAAACCAUCCUUUCGAGUAGCCUUUUAUCAAGAUCAGGGAAUUUGGCCGUGCCCACUGAGUUCCAAGUUUGUUUAGGUUUUUCAAUUGGUCACACUAACAUUCCUAAAAUCUGAAACAUAAUUGAGAAUUGUGCCUUUUUUGUGGUUAUAAAUGCAUGUGUGUAUUUGGUUCUUCACAGCAGAUGGUUUGAUUUGUUUGUUGUUGUUUUUUUUGAUUAGGACUUCCCAGAUUAGAUGCAGCUUUAUUUGUGUUCCUGGUCUUGACAACCAAAACACUGCAGGUCAAAUUUUCACAACUUCCCUUCCCCAGUUUGAAGUUGUGUUCCAUUAAUUUGGGCAAUUUUGAUAUUUUUAAAGUGGUAGAUUGUUUUAAUUGCCUAGAGGUGAAGGUGUAUUGUGCCCCUUCUUGGUAAUGUCAAAACUGAUGAUGCCUGCCUCAAAGAAUUGUGGCUCCCUUUUUCUAUCUUUUGUGGGCAAGAGUACAAAAAAGAUUUUAUUCAUUUUUAAAAAAGAAAAAAAGAUGUACACGUAAAAUAAAAUGGAGUUUCACUGUCUCA